GUCUUGUUAGCAGAGUCAACUGGAUCUUCUGAGUAUAUAGAGCCUAUAAAAAGUUUCUGUGACAACUCCGUCGAUACUCAGUUACGAAGUCCCGAAGGUCUGAUAUUUAUCCAUAAAUCUGGCACCCUGCCGCAUGCUGCCAACAUAGCCUUCCUGUGUUUAAUAGCAUCGGACUUGCCCGACAUGCCGUCUGAAAAGUACACGACAUUUGCCAAAGAACAGAUCGAUUACAUUUUAGGAGCCACCGGUAGAAGUUACGUUGUGGGAUAUGGUGAGAAUUUUACACAACAGCCAUACCAUUCAGCUAGGUAA